AUGCUUCAACUACAAACGAGCUCAAUUAUUCAGACGAUUAUUGUUAAACAAAAGUUGUUCAUAUCACCUCUACUACGACUACAACAACAGCAAUACCAUGUAAAUACUUUUCAACAUUUGAAUAGUAGUAGUAGUAGUAGUAGUAGAUUGUAUUCUACAAACAACAACCACCACAAUAAUAAUAGUAAUGAUAGAUCAGCAGCAGCAACAAGAGGAAUAUUACCAAGAUCUAUAGCAAAAAACCUGAGAACAUCAGAUAAAUGGGUAAAGAGACAAAUGUGUGAUAGAUUCGUUUCGAUGGCUAGAGAAGAGAAUUAUGUAUCAAGAGCAGCAUUCAAAUUGGAAGAGAUUGACGACAAGUUUAAAAUAUUAAAAUAUGGAUCUACCAUUAUUGAUUUGGGUGCCUCUCCUGGAGGAUUCAGUCAAGUCGCUCAAAAACGUUGCUAUUUCCAAACAAUCAAUACAACAUUAAAAUCAUCAACAACAAACAAAAAUAAUCAGCAGAAUAAUCAGAAUCAGUUAAAAAAAAGAAAAGGAUUGGUAAUAUCAGUUGAUAUAAAUGGAGAAAAAUUUGAACUCUAUCAAUCAGAAGAGGAAGGAAUUGCAAUAGAGGACAGAUAUACCAACUUUAUAUGUGGUGAUUUUAAAUUAGCAAGCACCAAACAACAGAUUAGACAACUAUUGGCAUUAAACAACAAAAAGACUAUUGCGUCUGUAGAUGCUGUAAUUAGUGAUAUGGCACCAUCAUAUUGUGGUGUACAAUCACUUGAUCAUGAUAGAUUGAUAUCACUUGCUUCCGAUGCAUUUGAAUUUGCCAUCUCUGGCAACAUUCUAAAAAAAGGUGGUAGUUUUGUUUGCAAGGUCAGUCGUGGAGGACAAGAAAAUCUGUUAUUCCAAAGAAUCAAAUCUCAUUUUCAAACCGUAAAAUCUUUCAAACCAAAGGCUUCAAGACAAGAAUCUACUGAAAUAUUUUUUGUUGCUCUCAAUUUUCUUGAUCAAGACAAUUUAAUCAAUAAUAAUAAUCAAAUUCAACCAACGGCGACAACAACAACAACAACAACCAAUAAUAAAAAUAGUAUUUAUGAUGAUGAUGAUAAUUGA